GUGUAUUAAUUCAAUUCAACAGCUAACUCUUUUGUCUUCUCUGCCAACUUCUCAAUUAUAGCCUCUACUUCCCUUCUUCUUUCUCUUCAAUUCAAAGAACCCAAAAUUAUUCAAAACACAAAUCUUGGAUUUGGAUUCAAAGAACUCAAGGUGUGCUUUUCAUUAUAUGUUCUGAUACUCAAAAUUUGAAAGGUUAACCAGGUGCUUAUUGUUCUUGAUUAUUCUACAAAUUUUUUACAAAGUCCAUAUUCUUCGGUGUCAUAAUAAAAUUCAGGGAAUGCUGAAAGAUGUGCUUGCUAGUUGAAAACUCUUUUGUCGAGGCUAACGAGGCUGUACCUCCAUCUGAGCUGCCCUUAAUCAUUCUUGACGAGAUUGGAUGUUUAGUCCAAUGUUCAUAUCUUUAUCGUGCUCAAGCGAUUGAGGUGGCUACAAUUCUCCGCCAUUGUAGGAUUUCAAAACUUGAUGUUGAUGAAGAUGGUUGAGCUUUGAAUUUCUUGAGAAGCAGCUUCUUGGUAUUAAUUAGCAUUGGAUUAUAAGAAAAGUGUUACUAGAAAUGGAACGAAGCGGAAGCGUGCUUAUGCAACGAUACGAAAUAGGGAAAUUAUUAGGUCAAGGAACAUUUGCAAAGGUCUAUCAUGCAAGGAACCUCAUAAACGGCUUGAAUGUUGCCAUCAAAGUUAUUGAUAAAGAGAAAGUUUUGAGGGUUGGGAUGAUCGAUCAAAUUAAGCGUGAAAUUUCAGUGAUGAGACUCAUCAGGCAUCCACAUGUUGUCGAGCUUUACGAGGUAAUGGCGAGCAAAUCCAAAAUUUACGUUGUUAUGGAGUAUGUAAAAGGCGGUGAACUCUUCGACAAGGUAUCGAAAGGAAAACUAAAGCAUGAUGAAGCAAGGAGAUACUUUCAGCAAUUGAUCAGUGCUGUUGAUUACUGUCAUAGCAGAGGUGUGUGUCAUCGCGAUUUAAAACCAGAAAAUCUUCUCUUGGAUGAAAAUGGAAAUUUGAAGAUCUCGGAUUUCGGGUUAAGUGCACUUGCCGAGACUAAGCACCAAGAUGGAUUACUCCAUACUACAUGCGGCACUCCUGCGUAUGUCGCUCCAGAAGUGAUACACCGCAAGGGAUAUGAUGGGAUGAAAGCUGAUAUAUGGUCGUGUGGUGUGAUCCUGUAUGUUCUAUUGGCUGGUUAUCUUCCGUUUAGAGAUCCGAAUCUGAUAGAGAUGUAUAAGAAAAUCGGUAAGGCUGAUUUCAAGUUUCCUAACUGGUUUGCAUCGGAUGUACGCAGAUUGUUGUCGAAAAUUCUGGAUCCAAAUCCAAAGAGCAGGAUAUCAAUUGCCAAAAUUAUGGAAAGUUCUUGGUUCAAAAAGGGGUUAGAGAAGCCUAUUGUUACUGACACAGACAAACAAGAACUAACUCCUCUCGAUGCUGAUGGAGUAUUCGGAGCUUGUGAGAAUAAUGAUCAUGUUGAUCUGUUGAAACCUCGUAAUAAUUUAAACGCUUUCGAUAUCAUCUCCUUUUCAUCAGGUUUUGACUUGUCUGGUUUGUUUGAGGAGAAAGAAAAAAAGAAAGAAAUACGUUUUACGGCUAACAAGCCUGCUUCAAUCAUCAUCUCCAAAUUUGAAGAAAUUUGCAAGUGUAUUGGGCUAAAACUGAAGAAAAAAGACGGAGGUUUGUUCAAGUUAGAAGGUUUGAAGGAAGGAAGGAAAGGACAUUUGGGUAUCGACGCAGAGAUUUUCGAGAUCACGCCAAUGUUCCAUUUAGUUGAGUUGAAAAAGUCGAAUGGAGACACGUUGGAGUACCAAAAGCUGUUGAAAGAUAAUGUUAGGCCUUCACUUAAGGACAUUGUUUGGUCAUGGCAAGGAGAACAACCACAGCAAUUGCAACAUGGAAUGGUGCAGAAAGAGGAACAACCAUCUUCCUAAUCUAUAGGAUGUUCCUAAAUUGGUUUUUGUAUGCUUUAUGUUUCUUAAUUAUGUUCUUGGUUUCAAGUGCACACUGUCUUAUAUACUAUUGUCAUGUGAUAACUGUGGUUGUGUAACUAUUUGACCAUUUGAGUCUUCUGUUGGAAAUGGUAUUUACAUUGCAGCUUAAUUGGUGGCAUGGUGAAAUUGCUAUAACUAUAAUAGCUUAGUUUACUAAGCAACCAUUCAUGUUCCCUCUUGAAAUGAAACUGUUUGAUCAUGUCUUUCUUUGUUAAAUUUGGAUCCUUUAUCUAUAUUGAUGAGAUCAAUUUUAAUAUAUAAAUGUUAGAAGCAAAGAACCCUAUAAUCAAUCAUGUUAAUCAUCUAAGAAAUAAAUAUAAGCAGAAAUGUAUUUGAAUUCAUAA